CCUACUUUUACACCAUUCCAGCCAGCGGCGCGGUAAACUUCAAACACUCGCAUUUGUAACGUUUCUGGAAAACGCUGUUCAUGUUUAGAAUGCUCGAAUUAUAAAUGGAUACUUGGUCAAGACUAAGUAAAUAUGAAAACAACAAAGGAACUGGCCAGAGAGCUUGGUUUCCUGAGACAAAGAAGAAAUCCUGAUACAAACUUCCUCAGUAAAAAGAGAUCCAGAGCAAAAAAUCAGGAGUUUUCAUAUCUAAUAGUCCUGGAUUAUGAGUCCACAUGCUGGGAGCAAAGAAAGUUUCAGACACAAGAAAUUAUUGAGUUCCCUGCCGUGUUACUGAAUACAGCAACUGGAGAGGUGGAGAGUGAGUUUCAUUAUUAUGUUCUCCCAGAGGAGCAACCCAUGUUAAGUGACUUUUGUAAACAGCUGACUGGAAUUACUCAGGAACAAGUUGACAAUGGCAUCCCUCUCCGUAUUUGUUUGAGGAAGUUCUCUCACUGGCUGGACAGACUACAGAAGGAGAAAGGCCUUGUAUUUGGUCCUCCAUCAGCUGACCAGGAGGACUCUGCAUACACAACCUUUGUUACCUGGUCUGAUUGGGAUCUUGGAACUUGUCUUUUAAAUGAAUGCAAAAGGAAACAGCUGAUAAAACCAUCACAGCUAAAUAACUGGAUUGAUUUAAGAGCUACAUACAGGAAAUUCUACAGUAGAAAACCCAAUGGAUUAAAUGGUGCUCUGCAGGACCUGGGGAUUGAGUUUGAGGGCAGGGAGCAUUCUGGUAUUGUUGAUGCGAGGAACACAGCUACCCUGGCCUACAGGAUGAUGUGUGAUGGAUGUGUCAUGAAGAUUACAAAGACUCUGACUAGAGGGAGUAAAUCAGUGAGUCCAUUCAAAGUUCAGAGUAUGUUGAACUCCAAGAAACCAUCCAGUCCAACCGAGAGCCCAUUACCAAAACGGAGGAGAAUGUCUGAUGUCGAUAAAGAGGAGGAGGUCAUGAUGGCAACCCCAGACAAAAACUCCCACAGCUUCCUAAAGCUAACGCUCCGAAGAUCACCCAGACAUUUAACGAAAACCCAGACUCUUGUUACCUCCCCUGUCCGAAAAUCUCCCAGGUUAGCAAAGAGGAGCAGGGAAUCCAUGUCUGCUGUUUCAAGGGAGAUAGCUGCUACACAGAGAGAAAUCCCUACAAGGCAUAUUGUUUCUAAAGGAUUCUCUACAAAGCAGAUUUAUAUGGAUGGUAGCUGCAGAUCUGUUGAGUCGUCUAGUGUGCAAAUGAAAGUUGGUAGUGGCUUAACUAAUAGAAAUGGAAAUAUGAGUAAAGCAAAUGAACCAAGCAAGAAUUCUAUCAAAGCUUUAAACCAGUGUAAAACGGAUAAAAACAGAAACAAUUGUGUCAAAUCUCCAGUUUCCAGUGUAGAAGUUGGUGUACAAUUUAAGGUUCCUAGCCCAAGCCUUCAGUCUUCAUUAUGUCAAAAAUCUACAUUUAAUAUUACCAAUUCUUCUAUAAACUCAAGCAGUUCAGUUCUUAAAACCCCAGACACCAGUAUGUCAUCAACAAUGAAAGCAACACCGCCGCUUUGUAAAUGUGGGCGUCGGUCAAAGAGGAGAAUGGUGCAAUCCCCGGGACCCAACCUCGGUCGAUUUUUCUUUUCUUGUUCGGGGAUAAAGACAGCAGACAGAAAUGGAUGUGGCUUCUUUCAGUGGGAACCGUCAGCCCAGAGUUCAGGCUCCACAAGCAGGCAACAGAGUUUUGUUUCCAAGUACAAUCUCUCUGGUCUCUCUAAACCAUUCACUCCUGUAUUUCAACAAGCAGAUAAAUUCAACAGUUCUGCUCAACAAAGAAGAAAUUUAGGGGUUAGACCCACUGUCAUCAAGGGCUGUAUCAGGUGAUAGAAGUCUAUUUAUUUUGCUUCUUGUAAAUAGAACUUAAUCAAUGAGAACAAUUUUCAUGAAUUUGUAAGAAUUUUUUUAUGCUGCUUUUGUGAAUUUUAUGUAUAAAUUUGUACAUGUAUUUCAUUGUGGAUGUGUAUUUUGAAUAA